CAGAAAAUUGCAGAACUUGAAGAUUUAGUGCAUGAACUUGAAGGUUCCCAGCGAACUUUGUCCUUAGAAAAAGAUGAUGCUACAAGACAGAAAAAUAUUUUAGAAAAUAAAAGUGAUGCGCUUACAGAAGCUCUUGAAUCCAGUGAUAAGAGAGUCGUAGAAUUAACAAAUGAACUUGAACAACUUGGUAAUGAAGUUAAGCGUCUCAUGGCAAAUAACCUUUUGGGUGAACGAAUUGAAGAGAGAGAAGAAAUGUUAAGUAGACAAUUAGAAGAUUUAAAGCAAGAGCUUCAAGUAUCGAGGAAAGCGGAGUUUGCCGCAGAAUCGAAAGUAAAAAAAUUACAAGCAAAAUAUG